ACAUUUCUUAAAAACCAGUUUGCCCUGCGCAAACAUUUAAUUCUACCAUUAGAAAAUAUGACAAGCUCAUUUUUAAAAAGGUCCAAUGAAAAUAAUCAACGUCCAUUAUUCAAUCAAAAACGACUUGGCAAGCUAUUAAGAAUAGUUUACCAGUUGAGUUGGCCAAUCUUGAAAUGGAAUAUUUUAAUUAUGAAGUUGUGUAUGAACAAAUAUGAUUCAAGUACUAGUGACAUUGAUCUAGAUUAA